AUGCAGGCACAGGGGCGAUUUCAGGCAGCGCGCCCCGUCCUUCCAAAUGGACUCUCUGCUAUUACAGGAGCUGCACCCACCGACGCCGACAUAUUCUACAUCGACAUUCACCCCGACCCAGCUGCUGCUGUAGAGAUCGUACUUUGGAGCGAUAUCAUUAUGAUGUUCAAGGACGCCAUCUAUGCCCGACACAACUUGCGUACACUCGCCUUCCUGAAGGGUACCGACUUUACAACUCUCUCCCCUUAUCGAAUUGCUGCUCUUCCCAACACCGUUCUGGAAGUGGUCGUGAAUGCGCCAUUGAACGUGACAGGCAACGCCACACCUUCUUCCACACCUACCGCUGCACCUGCCGCUGCACCCCUCACUGCCCCUCUCACUGCGGCCAACCUUCAACAGGCAACUCUCGCAGCAAACAAGAGCACCCCAUACCAUACAAGGCCCUCUCUUGCCCAGACCAGAGUUCUUUCCCCGCUUGUCUCCAAGCCUAUUCCUCUUACAGCUACCCAGCUGCGACCUCCACUUGCAACCCCCAAUAGUGUCGCUCGACCGCCCGUCUCUGCGGCUGUCCAGAAACCUGCUCACACAGCCGCCCGAGCCACCAUUGGCAGAAUUGCCUCUCACAUCAACUUGGAGCGGCUGCAGGUGAGAGGUGAAGGAGACAAACAGGACUUUGUCAAGGUCCUGGAGUGCUACCUCAAGGCGGCCAAGAAGAGCCAUGCUUACGCCCAGUUUGCGGUCGGGAAGAUCUACUUUGAGGGCAAGGAAGUCAAGCAAGACUAUGCCAAAAGUAUGGAGUGGUACCUCAAGGCGGCGGGUCGAGGACUUGCCGAGGCGCAGGAUGCGAUUUGUGACCUGUACUAUGAGGGCCACGGUGUUCCCAAGGACGACUCGAAGGCAUUGGAGUGGGCGUACAAGGCUGCCAACCAAGGAUUCGGGCCAGGAUUACGGAGUGUCGGUGUCCAUUUCCACGGCGGUCUAGGAGUUGUCAAGGAUUACUCUGCGGCCAUGCAAUGGUACCUCAAGGCGGUGGAGAAGGGGGAUGCGAGUGCUCAUUUCGGGAUCGGGAUGCUUUACCGUGAAGGUCACGGUGUUCUCCAAAACUACUCCAGAGCAAUGGAGUGGUUUCGCAAGGCCGCAGAUCUAGACUACUCGGAUGUGUUUGUGUCGAUUGCUAUUAUGUACGAGAAGGGUCAAGGCGUACCUCAGGAUUACACCAAGGCGAUGGAGUGGUAUCUCAAGGCCGCUGAGAAAGGAGAAGCGACAGCCCAGAACAACCUCGGCAUGCUGUACGGUCAGGGUCACGGUGUCGAGCAGGAUCACAGCAAGGCGAUUGAGUGGGUCAUGAAGGCGGCGGAAAAGGGAGAUGCGGUCAUUCAGAGUAACCUCGGCACCUACUACCGUACAGGCGUUGGUAUUGAGCAGGAUCACUCAAAGGCGUUUGAGUGGUACAUGAAAUCCGCCAAGCAAGGGAACGCGUUGGCUCAGUUCUGGAUCGGCAGCAUGUACGAGGAGGGGCUGGGCGUGGAGGAGGACCUCAGCAAGGCGGCGGAGUGGUACCUCAAGGCGGCGGAGCAGGACCAUGCGAACGCUCAGAGAGAUCUAGGAAAUCUCUACUUUGCAGGUCUCGGCGUCGAGCAGGAUCACAAGAAGGCGCUCGAAUGGUACCUCAAGGCCGCUAACAACAACAUCGCCGAGGCACAGAACAAUGUCGGCAUGAUUUACCAUCAGGCUCAGGGUGUCGAGCGGGACUAUUCCAAGGCUAUGGAAUGGUGUCUCAAGGCCGCCAAUCAAGGUCACGCCUACGCCCAGUUUAACGUCGGGUUCAUGUACGCCAACGGAGACGGAGUUGACGAGAGUGCUUCGAAAGCCGUUGAGUGGUUCAAGAAGGCUGCGGAGCAAGGGAAUGUGUCAUCUCAAGCCGAACUUGGCGACCACUACCGAGAGGGAGAGGGCGUCUCGCAGGAUUACGGCAAGGCGAUGGAAUGGUAUCUCAAGGCUGCAGAGCAGGAUCAUGAGAUGUCGCAGUUCUGGAUCGCCCGUAUGUACGAUGAGGGUCUUGGGGUCGUGCAGAGCGAGAAAACGGCGGCCGAGUGGUAUCUCAAAGGGGCGGAAAAAGGACACGGAUACUCUCAGUGUAACCUAGGCGUGCUGUACGAGAAAGGAUGGGGCGUCUCGAAGGACUACAAGAAGGCGGCAGAGUGGUACCAGAAGGCUGGCGACCAAGGCCAUUCAGUAGCGCAGAGCCAGCUAGGAUUGAUGUACCAUCACGGUCAUGGUGUCACGCAGGACUACAGCAAAGCAAGGGAGUGGUUCGCGAAGGCCGCGGAUCUGGAGGAUGCGACGGCUCAAUCCAACCUUGGCGAUUACUACCGCCUCGGUCGCGGUGGUCCGCAGGAUUUCAAGAGGGCUCUCGUAUGGUACCUCCUGGCCGCUCAACAAGAUGACGCCUCGGCUCAGUUUUGGAUCGCCCGUAUGCACGAGGAGGGUCUUGGUAUUUCAAAGGACAGCGAUGAGGCGGUGAAGUGGUACAUCAAGGCGGCGAGUCAAGGACAUGCGAACUCCCUCAACAACCUCGGAAGGAUCUUGUAUGUGGGUCGUGGCGUCGAGAAGGACUAUGCCAAGGCCAUGAAGUGCUUCCAGGAAGCGGCCGAGAGCGGCCAUGCUGGCGCCCAGAACCAGAUCGGGAUGAUGUACCAUCAAGGCCUCGGCGUUACUCGGAGCUACUCCAAGGCCAUGGAGUGGUGUAUGAAGGCUGCCAUCCAGGGCCACGCAUCCGGCCAGCACAACGUCGGCUACCUUUACAGCAAGGGCGCGGGAGUACUGCAGGAUCAUACGAAGGCCUUUGAAUGGUUCAAGAAGUCGGCACAGCAGGGAGAUGAGUCCGCCCAGUCCGACCUCGGCGACUACUAUCGGCAAGGUCUCGGUGUCCGCCAGAACUAUGGGCUUGCGAUGGAGUGGUACAUCAAGGCCGCCAGCCAGGAGGAUAAAUCGGCUCAGUUCUGGCUCGGUCAUAUGUAUGAGGAGGGUCUUGGGGUGACACAGAACUAUCGAGUUGCAGCAGAGUGGUACCACAAGGCGGCGGACCAAGGAUACACGGACGCCCAGCACAACCUUGGAGCGAUGUAUCAUGUGGGCCGUGGCGUUCUGCGAGACUACAACAGGGCGAUGGAAUGGUAUCUGCUGGCGGCUACGGAGGGGAAUGCUCAGGCCGAGAACAAGAUCGGUCUGAUGUACCACCAAGGACAGGGUGUAUCCCAAGACUACCGACUUGCCAUUCUGUGGUGUCUCAAAGCAGCCACUCGAGGUCAUGCGGUAUCCCAGUACAACGUCGGUCAGUACUACCACGAUGGCACAGGGGUCAACCGGGAUUAUUCGAAAGCCGUCGAGUGGUUUCGGAAGGCAGCGGAACAAGGUGACGAGUCGGCUCAGUUCAGUCUCGGCAACUGCUACCGAAUGGGACUGGGUGUUCGUCAAGACAACAGGAAGGCGCUCGACUCGUACAUCCUGGCCGCCAACCAAGGACAUUCGCCGUCGCAAGUCUGGGUCGGGUACAUCUGCGAGACGGGUCUUGGGGUCUCACAGGACUAUCGAGCGGCGAUGGCGUGGUAUCGGAAGGCGGCCGAUCAAGGAGACUCGAAUGCGCAGUAUGCGAUAGGGGUGUUGUACCAUUGGGGCAAUGGGGUAGAGCAGGAUCCGCGAGAGGCGAUGAAUUGGUACAUCAAGGCCUACAACCAGGGUAACGCACGAGCGAGGCAGAACAUGGACAUCCUAUACCAACACGGCUACCGUCACUCAUAG